AUGUGGGAACUCUUGGCCAUCUUACUACUUACUUUAGCUUACUACCUUUGGCCCAAGUUAAGGCAUUUUGGCGUCAAAUACCCCAAGAGUCUCCCUUUUCUGCCCCUCAUAGGCAGCCUGCCGUUCCUCCCUAGACAUGGACAUCCUCACAUCAACUUCUUCAAGUUGCAGAAGAAAUAUGGUCCCAUCUUUUCCUUUCGUCUGGGAACCAAGACUACAGUGAUUGUUGGCCACCAUCAGCUAGCCAAGGAGGUGCUCAUCAAGAAAGGCAGAGAGUUCUCCGGACGGCCCCACAUGGUGACUCUGGCCAUCCUGUCAGAUAACCAAAAAGGUGUCGCCUUUGCUGACUAUGGUCCCCACUGGCAAUUGCAUCGGAAGUUGGUGCAGACUGCAUUUUCCCUCUUCAAGGAUGGACAACAGAGGCUGGAGAAGACCAUACUUCAGGAAAUCAGCUUCUUAUGUGAUUUCUUGGCUACGCAAAAUGGACAGUCUAUAGAUUUGGAGCAGCCACUCUUCCUGGCUGUGACCAACGUGAUCUCUAUGUUUUGUUUCAACUCCUCCUACAAAUACGAUGAUCCUGACCUGAAAAUCAUACACGAAUACAAUAAAGACAUUUUGGACACUCUAGGCUCUGGCGGACUGGUGGACAUCUUCCCCUGGAUGAAGAUUUUCCCCAAUAAACCACUGGAGAUAAUGAAGAAUGCUGUUAAAUUACGAAACAAACUGUUGAGGAAAAUCCUCAAAAAAUACAAAGAGAAAUUCAGCACUGACUCUAUCUCCAACUUGCUGGAUGUCCUGCUUCAAGCCAAGAUGAACUCGGAAAAUAAUAAUAACGGCCUGGAUCAAGAUCUCAAGUUGCUUUCAGAUGAACACAUUCUUACCACUGUUGGGGACAUCUUUGGGGCCGGCGUGGAGACUACCACCUCAGUGAUGAAGUGGAUUGUGGCUUUUCUGCUGCACAAUCCUCAGCUGAAAAAAGAGAUCCAAGAAGAAAUUGACCAGAAGAUAGGUUUUAGUCGCACACCAACCCUCAGUGACCGGAACCAUCUCCUCCUGCUGGAGGCCACCAUCCGAGAGGUGCUUCGCAUCCGACCGGUGGCCCCGCUUCUCAUCCCCCACAAGGCUGCCACUGACUCCAGCAUUGGGGAGUUUGCUAUUGAGAAAGGAACACACGUGAUCAUCAACUUGUGGGCGCUGCAUCACAAUGAGAAGGAGUGGGACAAGCCGGACCAGUUCAUGCCUGAGCGUUUCCUAGACCCAACCAGGAGCCAGCUUAUCUCGCCAACGAUGAGUUACUUGCCCUUUGGAGCAGGACCCCGCUCCUGUGUAGGUGAGAUCUUGGCCCGCCAGGAGCUCUUCCUCUUCCUGGCCUGGGUGCUGCAGAGGUUUGACCUGGAGGUGCCCGAUGAUGGGAAGCUGCCCUCUCUGGAUGGUAACCCCAAAGUGGUAUUUCUGAUCAACCCCUUCAAAGUGAAGAUCAAGGUGCGCCAGGCCUGGAAGGAAGCCUGUACUGAGGGUGGAAUGUAG